UCUCUCCAAGUCUUUGACAUAAGCAGAAACAGAUUCAUCCUUCUCUUUCCUUCUUGUAUUCUUCCUCUCUUAUCUUAUAUUAGGAAAAAGACACACAAAACCUGCGUCUGUACCAAAAAAAUCCAACUUUGUUCUUGAUAGCUGAUGUCUUCAUUAAUAACAGGUCUAAACUAUCUUCCUUCUACUUUCCUCUUUAUGGUGUUGUUUCAUUGAAAUAAAAAAAUUCAGAGUAAAGCUAGAAUUAAAUUUUUGACAACUUGGUCUUAAUUAGUAUAUGGUUGAAAUUUGAAUGAAUAGUUACCCGGCCCAUUAAUACUUAUUGGUUGGCCACUUGUUUGUACUGGUCUUGUGGGUCCUUGUGUUAUUUGUUCAGUUUCACGUUAGACGAGAAUUUCACAGUCAUAUGAUAGCUACCCUCCCAACAAUGUCAUACGUGAGUUGCCUUGCUUCUUUCUUAUCAUAAUUCUAAGGCUUCAACUAUUCCCAUUUUUAGUCCUUUUGAAUGUCAAACAUUUUGGUCUUUGUCAAACCUUUCAAUUGUUCAUUCUUCCUUUCUUUUCCUAAGAAUUCUAAGCCUUUGGUGGAUUUUGCCUGUAAUCCUUCCUUUGGUUAAAAUAUCAUCAAAUUGUUAUUUAUAGAUUGUUCUUGGCUUCAAAGUUUCUGAAUUUAGCAGAAUCUUGUCCCUUUUUUUUUUUUUUGGUCAUGGGGUCUUGGAGAUCCCUCUAUCUAGUGAUCAUUUUCCUGUUUGUUAUAUUUGUGCCUGAGACUUUAGCUAGUGUUCAGAAUAAAGGCAGACUCAAUCUUGGGUUUAAAGGGUCUCAAAUGACCUGGAUAGACAAUAAUGGGUUAAUUCUUGUUUCCAACAGUUCCAAAUUUGCAUUUGGAUUUAACCCUACUAAAGAUGUUACCUCGUUCCUUCUUGUGGUCAUCCAUGUGAGUAGCUCUACCAUCAUUUGGUCUGCUAACAGAGACUCCCCGGUUAAGAAUUCUGAUAACUUUAUGUUUGAUAAAACUGGAAAUGCCUACUUGCAAAGUGAGGGAUCAACAAUUUGGUCUACUAAUACUGCUAGCAAAGGAGUUUCUGUCAUGGAAUUGAGGGACUCAGGGAAUCUAAUUUUGCUUGGGAAUGAUGGUACUACUACUAUUUGGGAAAGCUUCAGCCAUCCUGUUGAUACUCUCCUGUCAAACCAGAAUUUCACUCAAGGAAUGAAGCUUGUAAGCAGUCCAAACAACAAUAACUUGAGUUAUUCACUUGAAUUUAAGUCUGGGGAUAUGGUUCUUUCUGCAAGUUUCAAGCCUCCACAGCCUUAUUGGACAAUGGGGAAAGAUGAGAGAAGGACCAUUAACCAAGUUGGAGAAGGUGUCACUACUGCAAUUCUUGAUGGAAAUUCUUGGAAAAUUUAUGAUCGAAAGGGAGUGUUGCUUUGGCAGUUCAUUUUCCCUGAUAAUAAAGUUGCAAACGCCACUCGGUUGGCUGUUCUUGGAGAAGAUGGUUACAUCAGUUUUAGCACUCUUCAAGAUGGCUCCAUCGUUGCCUCUCCGACAAGAAUUCCACAAGAUGAAUGCAGCAGGCCAACCUCUUGUGAUCCAUUAUUCAUUUGUUAUAGCGGCAACAGGUGCCAGUGCCCAUCAGCCCUUCCAUCUUGCAAGCCUGAGACUGAUUCCUUUUGUAGUAAACCAAAAGAUCAUGUGGAGCUUGUAGAGGCUGGGGAUAAACUUGGCUAUUCUGCACUUGAGUUUGUUUCUCCCUCUGCUAAAACUGAUUUAAAUGGUUGCAAAGCUUCUUGCCUUGGCAAUUGCUCAUGCGCUGCCAUGUUCUUUGAUAGCAGUUCAGGGAAUUGUUUGAUGUUUGACCAAAUAGGAAGUUUACAAGGUUCGAUUAGUGGAGCUGUUUUCAAGUCCUACAUUAAAGUUUCAGCUAGCCAGGCAAAUAGGGAUAGCGGUGGAGGUGGGAAGGGAAGAUUACCUAUUAUAUUAGGCAUAGUCAUUUCUACAGCUCUUGUCAUUCUUGGUCUAAUUUACGGAGGUAUUCGCUGUCAGAGGAGAAAGAACAAGUUACCGGAUUCUGCAAAGGCAAGCUCAGAAGAAGACAAUUUCUUGGAGGGCCUAUCGGGGAUGCCAAUUCGUUUUAGCUACAAAGAUCUUCAGAAUGCAACUAAUAACUUCUCAAUAAAACUUGGGCAAGGAGGGUUUGGUUCAGUAUACCAAGGGGUUCUUCCAGAUGGGAGUAGACUUGCUGUGAAGAAAUUGGAAGGCAUUGGGCAGGGAAAGAAAGAAUUUCGAGCAGAAGUUAGUAUCAUAGGCAGCAUCCAUCAUCUUCAUCUGGUGAGACUAAGAGGCUUUUGUGCUGAAGGAACACACAGGCUUCUGGCUUAUGAGUACAUGGCAAAUGGGUCUUUAGAGAAAUGGCUUUUUAAGAAGAACAAGGAAUUUAUGUUGGACUGGGAUACGAGGUUUAAUAUUGCAGUUGGUACAGCAAAAGGCCUAGCGUACCUCCACGAGGACUGUGAUGUAAAAAUUGUGCAUUGCGACAUCAAACCUGAAAAUGUACUUCUUGAUGAUCAUUUCCUCGCCAAGGUCUCAGAUUUUGGCCUUGCUAAGUUGAUGACCCGAGAGCAGAGUCAUGUUUUCACUACUAUGAGGGGUACAAGAGGUUAUCUUGCACCAGAAUGGAUCACAAAUUAUGCCAUAUCAGAGAAAAGUGAUGUUUUUAGUUAUGGGAUGGUUUUACUUGAGAUAAUUGGAGGUCGUAAGAAUUAUGAUCCUUCAGAAAGUUCGGAGAAAUCCCAUUUUCCCUCAUAUGCCUUUAAGAUGAUGGAAAAGGGGAAAUUGACAGACCUUAUUGAUAGGAACUUGAAAGUUGAUGAAGAGGAUGAAAGGGUUUCCAUAGCAAUUAAGGUUGCUUUGUGGUGUAUACAGGAUGACAUGUCCCUCAGGCCAUCCAUGGCUAAGGUUGUGCAAAUGCUGGAAAGGCUCUGCCAUGUCCCUUCACCGCCAACUACUUCUCAAAUGGGGACACGACUUUUUUCAGGUUUCUUGAAAUCACUAAGUGGGGAUGGUACUUCAUCCGGCACCUCUGGGCCAUCCGAUUGCAACAGUGAUGCCUAUCUUUCUGCUGUUCGGCUCUCAGGUCCAAGAUAGCAUUUGCAGGAGCAUAAAAGUAGUCAUUCAUGAAAGGGCUGUUGUAGAUGAUUGACUGACAUGUAUAACGGUUUCAUACCUUUUAGUUUCUCUGUAUAAUAUAAUUAUCUAGGAAAAGUUUUGCCAUAUUAGCGAUGACAAAGGUUGGAGUUGAUUGAGAAUGUCUUAUCUGUAUAUAACUCAGUAAUAUGAAUCAGUUCAAAAUAUACAAAGAAA